AGCAUUUGAAAGACGAGGACUAUAUUACCAUAUGCAGAGUUCUUUGAAAGUUUCUUUUACAUAUUUAAUAUCGUGAAUAGAUUUUAUAAAUCUAUUUUUGGUUCCAAAUUUUUCACCACAAUUACAUUGUCUUAUAACUAUAUUACUUCUUGAACUUCAGGUAUAAAGGUUGUUACUUUGAGCUGAAAGAUGAACUCACAAGAGGUGAGAGUACCUCGAGGAAAUCGACGGAGGAAAGCUGUGAUUGAUCUGAAUGCAGUACCUGGAGAUCAAGAAGGGACCUCUGCUUCUGUAAGAUCUCCUACGGUGUCUACUACACCGUCUCAGCCUGCUCCUACAAUGAUUGAUGUUGAUGCUAUUGAAGAUGAUGUUAUUGAAUCAUCCGCAAGUGCUUUUGCUGAAGCUAAAAGCAAAUCGAGAAAUGCACGUCGGAGACCUUUGAUGGUUGAUGUAGAGUCAGGAGGUACGACUAGAUUGCCUGCCAACAUAAGCAACAAACGCAGAAGGGUUCCUUCUAGCGAACCUGUCAUCGACUGUGAGCAUGUCUCAAUAAAUGAUGAAGUCAACAUUUCUUCGAGAGUGUCUAGAUCAAAGGCUCCAGCUCCUCCACCAGAAGAGCCAAAGUUUACAUGCCCAAUCUGCAUGUGUCCCUUUACGGAGGAGAUGUCAACCAAGUGCGGUCACAUCUUCUGCAAGGGAUGUAUAAAGAUGGCAAUAUCUCGCCAGGGCAAAUGCCCUACUUGUAGGAAAAAGGUUACUGCGAAAGAGCUGAUUCGAGUAUUCCUUCCAGCCACUAGAUGAGUGGUCCGGCAACAGCACUAGCCACCCUGUCUAAUGGUUUGUCAGACUAUCCUCCUAUUCACUUUGGAACAUUGAAGGGACUUCAUUGACUUCGUAUUUUUGAAUAUUUUGCUUUGGUGGAAGAGAAAUAUUCACUCAUCAAGAAGCCAGAAGGCCCUAUCAUUUGAUGAAUAUCAUUGGUAAUAACUCUUUGUUUUUUAG